UGCUUUAUUAUUUCCUUCCAGCUUUCCCCAGUUUUACCCCUUUCUGUGUACAUCUGAUUUUGCAAGGAUUACUUCUAUGUACGGUACCAGUAAUUAUGUUUUACCCUAUGGGAUAAAGUCAUCAGCGCCAUAUUUUCGAACUGUCCUUUCAAAACUGAAGAGCUGUGAACUCUUUGAUGAGUUUGACAAUGUGCCGUGUAAAAGGUGUGUGGUGGUCGGUAAUGGAGGCGUGUUGAAGAAUAAGACAUUAGGAGAAAAAAUCGACUCCUAUGAUGUGAUCAUAAGAAUGAAUAAUGGUCCUGUGUUAGGACAUGAAGAGGAUGUUGGGAGAAGGACAACCUUCAGGCUUUUUUAUCCAGAGUCUGUCUUUUCAGAUCCCACUCACAAUGAUCCCAAUGCCACGGCAGUUCUCAUUGUCUUUAAGCCACAGGAUUUAAGGUGGCUCUUGGAAGUAAUCAGUGGUAACAACAUAAACACUAAUGGUUUUUGGAAGAAGCCAGCCUUAAACUUGAUCUAUAAGCUAUACCAAAUCAGAAUUUUAGAUCCGUACAUUAUCAGAGAAGCAGCUCAUCACCUGCUUCACUUUCCCAAAGUUUUCCCCAAAGAUCAGAAACCCAAACACCCCACGACAGGAAUUAUUGCCCUCACACUGGCAUUUCACAUAUGCAGUGAAGUUCACCUUGCUGGUUUCAAGUACAACGUUAACAACCCAAACAGUCCUUUACACUACUAUGGGAAUGCCACCAUGUCUUUGAUGAACAAGAAUGCAUAUCACAAUGUGACUGCAGAGCAGCUUUUUUUAAAGAGAAUUAUAGAGAAAAAUAUGGUAAUCAACUUGACUCAAGAUUGACCAUACAGAUUCAAAGGAUGACGCUAAAUAGUAUUAGUUUUAUUUUUGUACUGAAAAUUUUAGUUUAUUUUUAAAUAUGUUGAAUGAACUCAUCAAAUAAUUAUUAUAUGUAUUGUCUGUUGAUGCCUGGUGAUUUAUAACCACCAGCUUAAUUUCUGUGAAUGUAUUUAUGAAAUACAAAACAAACCUUUUAGUUAUGAUAUCAGGGAACUAUUUAAAGUUUUGACUGUUGUUUAAAACAAGCUGGUGUUUUGAGGUGUUUUAAAAUACCUUUUUGUAGUCCCUUCAUCUUAGAGUUCUAGGUGAUUGUUGAUGUCACUAGUUUUGAUGGUCACAUGUCAUUCUGAGACAAUUAUUUAUUAUUUGUUAUUCCUGCCAUAUGACUGAGGGCCAGGUGCAGGAAACUAGAACCACUUGGUUUUGGAAGUCCAUGGUGUGGUGUUCAGAGUGGUUUAAUUAAGUUCCCCAUGCAAUUAAGUAAACUAGUAAUGACUUGCAGUGUUGGGGAGUAAAUCAGUCUUUCUUACAUAUGCUAAGAUGAGCACUCUCACCUUGAUGAGCGUCCUGAGAUUUUCUUUGUGGGGGGUGGGAUGAGGCAGGUUCUUACUAUGUAGCCUAGGCUGGCCUCGAGAACUUUGGUUCUUGCCUCACCUUCCCAAGUUCUGGGAUUACAAUUGUGUACCACUGUACCCUACAGCAUCAUUUUUUUUUAAAUUAAAAAAAAACAUUUUUUUUUUUUUAAAGACAAGGUUUAGCUCUGGAUGGCCUAGAACUACAGUGCAGUCCAGGCUGGCCUUGAACUCAGAGAUGGGCCUACCUCUGCCUCUGGAGUGCAGGGAUAAGGGCAAGAAUAAGAAACUUAAGUAAUUUUCCCAGUGUAAUGUAUCCACUGACUCUUAAAUGUUUAUUUGAAGCAAAUUAGAAAAGUAAACCAAUGACAGUAAAGCCUUAAGAUUCCAGCUGAUUCUCUGUUUGUAUAAAAAAAAAGUCAGCAUUUCAUGACUAAAUUUAGCCUUCACUAAAACAUUUACUAGGCCACUUCUGGUACACUAGAGGAAAGUCUGAUGAACCACAAACAAAAGUUAGCCCAUGAAGCAGUCUGUAAUUGUUAAUACACACAAGCAAAGGCUGCCGGGGGCAGGAAGGGAGGAGAAAAGACUAGCAGAGGUGGCAAGGAUGGAUUCAGAUACCAUCGGAGAUCUGAGGAGAACAAGAGUCACUGUCCUUGGAGCAGCAAGCAUUAUGGGAAAUGUAAGUCGUACUGGCAACCAACUUGCCUCCCUAAAGAGAGUACACGUGAAGAGUUAAAUUCCAGGAAAACAAGCAAUGAAAUAUUGAAAACCAGCUCUUGUGUUGAAUGGGUAGUGAGGCUAGCUCAUACUAGAACAAUGCCCAGCUUCGUAACUCAGAGGUGGAAGCUGGGCACUAGAAGACUCUACGUGUUCAUGAGGUGUUUCCUUCUCACUGCAUGGCCACAGGGAGCUGGGCUGCCCAGGUUCAUGUUCGUGGUAUGUCAGCGGGGAGCUGGCGGCAGAGAAGGUGACGGGGAGCAAAGGAGAAAGAACAACGGGAGCAUUUUGAAAUGAUGCUUUAAGCACUAUAAUCUUGGUCAUAAAAAUGUGAUGUCAAUGCUGAGAAAUCUGGCAUUUUAUGGAGUAAAAAGGUUGUUUUAUUUAAUCCAAAUAAUCUGAGCAAGACACACAUAUAUAAUUUAUUAAAAACACAUUAGAAUCUCACUAUUUCCAACAGCCUAAAUUCUAGCAACAUAUACAAAUAUCAAGUGACUACAGUACAUGCCGAGGUAAGAAAAUACAUUCUGGGAGAAUAUAACCGAAAGUCAAGCCAUUUUCACUUCCUCUGUAUUGCAAUACAUGUUUUAUUUUUACCAUUCCCAGUGCCAAAAGUGGAAAACAAGGGAAACUACACACAAGCUGGACUAAAUAAGAAUCGGUGCCACAGUGAACUUAAAACAUUCUCUAACUCUCUAACCACCCAACCCCCUAGGUUUGCAGUUUAGGGACUUUUCAAGUUCAAAACCAAAAGGCAGAAUUAACAGCUCCUCUACAGAGCUUCAUUAAUCCCCCAUAGUCUCUGGGUUCUUUCUAGUGGUCUUGUCUGCUUUAGUUUUCUACUCCCCAGGUGAUAAUGUGGAGCCAAGGCAAAGAAGCUCUCGCUCAAUCCCUGACCACAGCUCUGUGGCCACAACCAUAUUUAAUACUUCGUCGCUGGGACAGGGAGAGGAGAUGCACAGACGUAGAACACAUCAUAACCGUCAUGACUGUAUAAAUUCUCUCAGUGAACAGCGAAUAAACCCAUUGUUCAAUGCAAAGUGCAAACAGUGAAACAUGAAUGAAAUAACUGGACUAGACCUGGCACAUUCAACAGGAACUAUCUGGAUCUACGAACAGCAUUUGAUAAAAUGCAAACCAGAGUUAACAUCUUUCUCUGUGCUGCUUCCAAAGAUCAAGUAACAGCCAAGUCAGUAUAAUUUUCUGAAACCUCCAAAGGUCACACUUGCCACACUGCUGACUAUAUAUUUCUAUAAUUGUAUUAUCAGGAAAAGGAAAACUGAAUAAAACCACAGUGACUUAAGUAUUGAGUAUUUCAAGCUAACAAUUAAAAAAAAAUCAAGA